AUGGAAGAAAAACGCGCCAAAACCUUGGAGGCGCUGUCGACAUUUAUUCAGUCGCAGAAAGCGUUGCUAAAACGCACACAGGAGGACAUUCACCGAUUGCAGGAACUCCGUGAAGAGAUUUCCUCAAAUGCUGAGAACACUCCGGACUCAUUGCUGAGAAAACUAGCAUCGCCUUCAUUUGCAUUAAACAAUGAGAGAGACAUAACCUCUUCUGUUGUGAAGAAUCUGGAUUGGACUGUCUUUCAAUCAUGUGACCCGACACCCUUACGGGAUUUCGCAUCCAGCAUACGGGAUGCUCGUGCAGAACAAGGGCGUCCGCAUUUGACUCAAAAAUCAGAACUUUCCGACCUCCAGAAGCUCGUGAAGGAUAGGCGAGAGAGUAUUGUGGACCCCGUCUUGGCUGUAUACAAGUAUCUUGAUGAACCGCUUUCGGACGUGGAGGAGCAGACACAGAAUCCUGAAGAGAUAAGACGUGCCCGCGAACGCGAGAAUAUUCGUGAACUCAAGAAGCGGAUGAUCAAUAGCGAAGCAGCGGUUCCCGUAUUUGCCGGAUUGCGACGACCCGUUGCAUCUAACGGGGUGUUCAUUCGGAGGGAUCAAGACGACGAGAGCGCGGAUGUGGACAUUUCGCUCGCAGACGGAACUCCAGGGUUGAGCGAGGCAGAGCCGUCGGUCUUUGAAAAUACUUCAGAGGUUCGAAUGGAUGUGGAUACUCCAGCUACAUCCAUGACGUCUCCCGCAUCAGUUGUCUCUGGGCUCCCAUCAUCAUAUCAGGUCACACUCGACAGGCCUGGCCGCAACCCGCAACCGGCCAAGAGGAUGCGCGAAAAGGAUUCUAACCCGGCGAAAUUGUCUGUCAUGCACAAACGGGCCCGAAACUCUCUUGUCAGGUCGAUGCCAAAGACAGAAGUAGAGGUCCCCGAGUUCCCCGAAGAACCAGAAGAGCCGCCUGGCAAAACGCACAAUCAAAAGCGUAAAAACAAACCGAAAUCGGAGACGUACAAGCAGGCUUGGUCCGUAUCGGAGCAGCAUCUUCUCGAACGCUUGUUAGAAGAGAUACCCGAUGGCGAAAAGAAUCGAUGGGCGAAGAUUUCCCAAGCUAUGAAUGGACGCCGCACGGCGAGACAGGUUGCCAGUCGAGUACAAAAGUAUUUCGAGAAACUGAAACGCUUUGGUGUCGAAAUUGGAGGCAGCAGUAGUACUGCUCGGACGACAUAG